AUACUUCUUUUUACUUUUUCCCGUUCAAUGGAUUAGAUGUCAAUUCUUAAUGGAAUUUAAAAGGAUAUUAUGGUCAAUAUUUUGGAAGUAUGCUUAAGCAUUAAAAAGUUUCCUUCACCGAUUGUUGAAAAUGUUCAAAAAAAAGUAUUACUGGGUUUUAACUGUGCCGGUGUUUUUCUUUAUGAAUGUAUUUUUAUGUGAUUUGCUAAAGAAUCGUUCUCCAAAUGUACCCAAUUCUGAAAGUGUAGCGCUUUUUAUACCCAGGCAGACAUCUGACAUGGUAACGGGAUGUCAAUUUCCGAAUUUAAGUCCUUUUUCAAAGGUCGCUAUGAAAUACGACGAGCAAAUGCCAAAAGUUGUUUGCUAUGGCCAAGACUGGGUUGUAUGCAACAUGUCUGAAUGUAGAGUACAUGAAGAGAUACUGCAAAGCUUGAAGAAGGUUGUAUGUCACUAUAAAGAUAUAAUAUAUGUCAAUGAUAAUAAAUACGAAAUUGCUGAUCCAGUGACACGUCACGGCGACGAGGUUUACAAACUGAAUAGAAGCGAUGGGUUUAAAGUGUCCUGUAGUGGAAUUUCAAAGAAAUGGUACGAAAUAUUCCCAAAGAGAUGGUUUGGCUACAAAGCAGGCAUCAGACAAAUAAAAGCAACACAACCUGACGAAAAUACAAUAAACGUUUUAAUCGUGGGUUUCGAUUCAACUUCCCAUAACGGUAUUAUUAGAAAGAUGCCUAAAAGUUAUAAAUUUUUGAAGACCGAAAUGGAAGCAGUUAUACUUAACGGUUACAAUAUAGUCGGAGACGGUACUCCUGACGCAUUGUUCCCAAUACUCUCAGGGAUGAACGAGUUACAACAUCCUCCAGCUAAAAGACGAUACUCAAAUAACAUCUUCCUCGAUACUGAACCAUUCAUAUUCCACACGGCAAAACUUAAUGGUUAUGAAACAGCCUAUUUCGAGGAUAUGCCGUGGGUCGGUACAUUUCAGUACAGAUUCAAUGGAUUCCUCCGGCAACCAGCGGAUCACUAUCUUCGAUCCUUCUUAACAGAGGAAACCAAGAGUGGACAGAAGUGGUAUUCUGGUAUUCAGAAUAGAUACUGCUUGGGAGAGAAACCACAAUACUUAUUCCUACUGGAUCUUACGAGACAAUUUAUGAAAUUAAAUUCAAAGCGUUUCUGCUUUACAUUUAUGGGCGACAUAAGCCACGACGAUUUCAAUCAGAUAUCGACAGUCGAAGAUGACUUUGUGGACUUUCUGAAACACGUGAAAACAAAUCUGUUGGAAGAUACCUUAGUCAUUGUCAUGGGUGAUCAUGGACAAAGAUUUGGUCCAAUACGCGCGACAUUCGAAGGAAAAGUUGAAGAAAGGAUGGCGUUUAUGUCAAUAAUACUACCAGAGAAACUGAAAAGGGAACGCAAAGAUGCGUUAAAUUAUUUAAAACAGAACGCAGAUGUUCUAACAACGCCAUUCGACAUACACACGACUAUAUUAGACGCUAUUGGCUUGAAACAACACGCCAGUGAUUACGCAGUACCAAACUCUAAUAUGAAGAGAGGGUUAAGUCUAUUGGAGCCGAUCUCAGUGUUGCGCACGUGUGCCGAUGCUGAUAUACUGCCUUACUGGUGUGUGUGUAUGAAUGGUGAUUGGAAGACAGUUACCAAAACCGAUCCCAAGUUCACGGAGGCUGGGGUCGCUCUCCUCUCAUACGUGAACAGAGCUACCAAUGACCUAAGAGAACUAUGCGCUGAAAGAAAACUGAAAUUAAUCAGCUGGGUGUUAAUCAAUGAGAACAAAGACUCGCGAGCGGGACAGAAGAUUACGAAUUACCAGGCAUUGAUUAUAACAAGUCCAGGGCACGGCAUCUUCGAAGGUAUGAUGGAGUAUGAUAAUGAGAAGGACUUGUUUCUUAUAAAGUCUGAUAAAGAUGUCUCCAGAAUAUCCGCUUACAGCAAUGAACCUGCCUGUAUAAGUAAGUUACAUCCACACCUGAACAAAUAUUGUUACUGCAAAUAUUUAUUGUAAGGAUAAUAUCGGAGAAGCGGAUCUCCCGUAACGUUCUAAGUUUUCAAUAAAAUUAAAGUUUUCUGGGUCAAAUAGGAAAAAGCAAAUUUUCCGCCUAGAUGUCUAACAAAAGCAAUUUGUGAUCUUCUGAUUGUGUCAGUUAUUUUAUACAUAUUGAUCUCUUUCCUAUUAAUUCCUGUUAUUCUUAUAAUUUUAAUAUAUUUCUGCUUAACAUAGUGUAUGUAAACACAAUUACUUUUAUAGUAGUUUUUGUGCGUAUUUACUAUUUAAGUAAGCAAAUCUCUCGUGUAACAAAAACAAAUAAGGAACAUGUACGAUUCUUGCGGCUCACGAAAGAUUUACCAGAAUUUGGAAAUUGAAAGAUAUUGCAUAAGACUUAAGACCAUGAGCUACUUGAAUGUUAAAAUACUUACGAUACGAAGAAUCUGCCAAAUUUUCAUUCACAGACUGUGACUGUGUCACCCUCAGUCCGACGUAUAAAGUAACGAACAUUGCUUCUACAAUAAUAUUUAUUUAUAAUUACACAAGCUCUGUAAUUUUCAUAAAUUCUGCCAACACAAUGUUGGGCACGGUCUUCACUUAUACGUUUUUCUUGAUAAUUUAUAACUUAACUAGUAAUGUCAAUGUUUUGUUUGAAAUUUUAAUACAAUAAAAGAAUGGUUUAAGUACAAA